UGAGAUCUUAAUUGAGUCACUUUGGCAAUAAUGAAGUCCGCUUUUCUGGUUUUGGUCUUUCUGGCCGUCACGCGAGGACUUCUCAGGAUCCCUCUGUUGAGAGGGAAGUCGGCCAGGCAGCUGCUGGAGGAGAAAGGCCUGUUGGAUGAGUACAGGAGGAAGUUUCCAUACAGGCCUGCAGCAAAGUUUGAGCAGAGCGAGGUGCCCAUGACCUAUGACCUAGAUACGACGUACUAUGGAGUGAUCGGCUUCGGGACUCCACCUCAGUUCUUUAAAGUUCUCUUUGACACCGGCUCCUCCGACCUGUGGGUUCCCUCCAUAAGCUGCACCACCUCGUCUUGCGACGAUCAUGCAAAGUUCAACAGCUCAGCAUCCUCCACUUUCCAGGCCGGGACAGAGCCUUUCUACAUCUCAUACACCAGUGGAUUUGCGGAAGGGAGCACCGGAUAUGACACAGUAAAGAUAAGUGAUCUCUAUGUGGAGCACCAGCUCUUUGGCCUCACUGAAACAGAGGCAGUGUUCAUGGGUUCCGUGCCCUGGGAUGGGAUCCUUGGUAUGGCCUUCCCUGGCAUGACGUCUGAUGGAGGGACGACUGUGUUUGUUAACUUGUGGAACCAGGGAAAACUCCCCCAGAACAUGUUCUCCAUGUAUCUGAGCAGUUCUGUAGAGGGCAGUGUGUUGGUCCUGGGGGGAACAGAUCCCUCAUAUUACACUGGAGGCCUGAAGUGGAUCCCCCUGCACCAGGCCUCUAACUUCUGGAACAUCCUCAUACAGAGCAUCACCAUCAACGGGAACACUGUUGCGUGCUCUGCAAGUUGUGAGGCGAUAGUGGACUCUGGUACUGCUGCAAUCAUCGGCUCCAGCAGAGAUAUAACCAACAUCAACGGCUGGCUGGGAGCCAUGUCAGAGCAGUAUGAUUAUGCCUCUGUGAGCUGCAGCAACAUAGACCUCCUGCCAGACGUCGUGUUCAACAUUAACGGCGACAGCUUCGCUCUUCCUCCGUCAGCCUACGUCAUGAAGUUUGCCUCUGGGUGCAGGACAGCAUUUGCUCCUGGCUCCUGGAUCCUGGGCGAGGUCUUCAUGCGGCAGUUCUACACCGCCUUUGACGUCGGCAACAACAUGGUGGGCUUUGCUCAGGCUGCGUGAGGACCUGGGCCAGGUUUAAAAUGACAACUAGUGUCACCCUAAAAGACAGUCUCACAUAUUCAAAACACAGCAGACUUGCUUUUGAACAAUAAACUCCGCGAGCUCAACUCCGGGAUGUGGGUCUGUGUUUUGGUGGCCACUAGAUGGCAGAGCGCUCACUGAGCUGCACAAUCAGUCACUUCACCAUUCAUGUGAUCCUCCUGGGAGGGGCCUGAGCCGAGGAUGAGUCAUCUUACUUAGAAUUCAGUCUGUAAAGCACAGAAGCAACUGCCAGUCAUUCAUUGUCAACAGGCGCUGGCUUACAUUCAUGCCUCCUGUGUGUGUGAUGUUCAGUGAUCUGAGAUUUCCUCCAGGCUCCUGCAUUUGUUCUAAUUAUAAACUGGGAUUUAAUAUCCAACAGGGAUGCGUCACUCAGCUCUUUCCCAUUUUAACAUGUGCACGAGCUAUCAUUAACCCCCUCAUACCUGCUGUGUUUGCUCUUUAACAUCACAGCAACUCUGUAGUCAGCACUGCGGCGUUGCAGUGCAUUUUUUCCAAAUGGUUACGUUGCACGCACACCUGGCUGGUGUUGCCUGCACUGUGAGUAAACAGGGUAACAUGAGACAGCAGCUACUGACACUGGGAGCGUGGACAUCCCUGCAGACCUCUUCAAUCAUUCAUUCAUUCAUCCUGCAGAGGAGCUGCAGGUGAGGUUUCACACUGCAGCAUCUGUCAGAAAGAUGCAGCGACUACUUUACAGAAAUCAACCCCUGUAAAGUAUCCGAACACAUCCGCUGCACCGUCACACGCAGAAAUGUGGCCAUUAAGAUAACGUUUUUAAACUAAGAUCUGAGACCUAACUGCCACUGAUCCAGCUGACUGUUGUGUCCUGGACAGAAACAGGCAGAGGAGAGUGAAUACAGAGCAGAGAGUUCGCUCUGCUCAGGGGAGAUCCCAUCUGUGGUUGACAGCCUUCCAAAUAAGGCUGAAAAGCCAGCAACACAGAAUGUUGCCAGAAGAAAGUAAGUGUUAGAGACAGGUGCAAUAAAUACGACUCCCUGGAUGAACUGUUCCUGCUCCAGUGGUCUGUGUGGUCUCCCAUUUCACCCUCAAGUGAACAAGGCUGUCAUUAGUGUGAUACAAAAGAUGAGACCAGCGGAGCUCCACGCUCACAUGGCCGACUGACGCCUGAUUGCAACAGAUACAAAGAUUUGGGCCAUUUUGGGAAAUAUGCCUGGUCACAGUGAGAUGGCAAGAUUGAUAACACUCUCAUGUCUGUAUUUUAAGCAAACAGCUAGCCUGGCUCUCCAAAUAGGUAUCAAAAUAUGCCUACAAGUAACACUUAAGCUCUCUGAUUAACUCAUAUCAUUUGUGUCGUUACAAAUUAGAAUCACAGCCUUGCAGUUGUAUGCUUCAGUACACUAUUCAAGUUGCUCCUGAGCUAUGGUGCUGAAUAACAUUCUCCACUUGACCAAUAUCAUGCAUAGUGUCUGUGUAGUAUAUCCGCUUUACGAAUUGCGCGUCCUUUUUGCUUCCAGUGUCAACUAUAUCUCCUGAGUGCUUUUCAUCCGGUACUUAGUUUUUCACAGUUCACCUUGUGUAUAUUGUAUAACGUCACUGUUUCACUUUUGGAUAUUGUGUUUUUAGCAUUUCUGCAUUUGGCAUUUACAUUAUCAUGUAGGUAAAUUAACUUCAGCUGCUCGCUUUCACUUUCAUUCACAGCUUUUAAAAAGGUUAUAUGUUACACUACAUGGUACUAAAGGGAAAAUGAUUAUGUCAAUUCACAGGAAUUAAUUGGACAUCAGUAACUCUUUGUUGCCAUAUUUUUGUAGUUUAUGAAAUACAGGAAUAAUACAGUGAUAGACAGGAAAACAUACAGGAAAUAAUUAAAUACAAUAGGUCCUUACACAGGACUGCAUAUAUUGAAUUAUAAGUUUGUGGCUUAACACAGAGUCAGUAUAUAACCUCAACACACAAAAGACUAUUUAACAAUUGUGACAGCAGGUUAUUAAUCCUUAAGCACACAACUCAGUCUUUGGUUAUACAACUUUAACUUUCAGAAGAAAAAAAUAGACACAUGUGUACAACAAUAGCAACAGUAGAUUUGUGCCCCCUUUUGAGAGAUACAAUUCCAUGAAGUCAUGAUUUAGCUACAUGAUGAUGCUUCUAGACAACACUUACCAUAGACGCAGUAAAUAAAGUGUUUUGAUUCACCUAAAUUAUCUUGAAAAAGCAAAAAAACACCAUGAGAAUUGAAAGAAAAUAAAACUGAUAUCAAAAUAAAAGUACAUUUACUGUACAUUGCUACAUCUGCUGUCUGCAUCACUGUUAUGGUGUGUGUGUGUGUGUGUGUGUGUAUUUGUGUUGUCAUCAUUAUUAUCAUUUUAUUGAUCUUUCCAUAAUAAGUAAUGGUACCAACCUGAAUCCAAACAUUCAUCAACAGCUGAGUCAGAGUGACUUUAAGUUUGUGAAAACAUCAUCUGAGACUUCAUUUCCUGUGUUUCCUGAUUUUUAACCUUGUGUGCAUAUACAACGGUGACACUGUAAUCAACAGUUUGAAGGAAUUUUAGCAAUGUAACUCAAAUGAACACGUGUUUAAGAAACUUCUACUUCUAUAUUUACAUUUCAGCUGUGUCAGGCAGCUUGUGUGUUGGCUGCGAUACAAGCUGCUAUUUCAGACUGUGUUUAUGAGACUGCCGGCUGGCCGACUGACGCUUGCUGAUUUGUUCAGGGCUGGGCACUAAUGCCCAGAAACAUUCAGUGGAUGGUACUCAUUCCCAUCCUUUUCCCUUAGGGUGACGCUUCCUGCCUGUAUAUACAGCCUGAAUCUCACUCUGAACACAUCGUUUUCACUGUAACAUGACACUUCAGUACGUUUAUUUUUGGAAUUUGAACUCACGUCAUGUAUCCAGUCUGAACUAGAACUGCCAUUAUUGUAUUUGUUGGAAGUCAUUAACCCCCUCUGAACCGUUCAGACUGAAGAACUGACACUGCCAUCAGGAGACGACCUGCAGCAGCUGCGCCGACCGAUAGCUCGCUGUUUCGCGGAAUGUUUGUUCAAGCUUUAAGUGAGCUUUAGCUUAUUACAAUGCUUAUGUUACUGUACUAGACACUGUGAUGUAUCUGCAGAGCCCUGAGGAACUAAUAAAGCCUCUGUCAGUCUGCAGCUCCGAGAUUCAGUAUCUGACGACUCUUUACACAGCUGCUCUGAAAGAAACCUCCGCCUUGUUUCCACGCAGUUCUGUUUUGUGUCCUAAUUGCUGCCGAACACUCCAGUUUUUUAAGGAUGGGUAGAAACGCCACUGUUAUCAUGAAAGACAAGCUAAUUUUCUCUCUUUUUAUUUUUCAUUAAUUAUUAUAACUACAAAUGCAUGGGGACAAAUAUAUAUUUAUCCAGUCACCCAAGUCUGUGGGCCGAGCAGGAAACUCCACAGUGCAUAUUCAACGAGCCGCACAACCAAGAAGUAAACCCAGAAGCUCUGUGGGCCGCACGUGGGCUUGGCGAGCAAUUCUCUUUGGUUGGAGUGGGCGCCAUUUUUUGUCUAGUAUCUAGUUCCUCUAUAUAAAUCUAUGCAAGUUAACCGCUAACCAUUUGCGUGCACUCAAUAUGUUACACAGCUAGCAUACUACCAACUACCAAGCCAAAUAUUCUGUGCAACAUUUCCCAUAAUAGAGCUGUAUUACAUUUAUCAGUCAGUUUGCAAAUUAUUUUAUGCUAACAUCCACAUACUUGAGGUGUGUUCUCAAAUGAGAAAAAUUGGAAUAAAGAAUUUUGUAAAGACAUCGAAGACCAUGGAGGUUCCUAUAGGAAUGAACAGAAUUCGGGUUGACUCGCAUACACGCGCCAGUCCCUCAGAGGAGCGCUAGGCUUCGAAGCCAAUUUUACAUAGAAGCCAAACUGUGUAAUUGCAGCCUCACAUGAUGCUCUGCUGCCCAAAACUGCUGCACAAUUGUUUCACACUGUGAAAAAAGCGCCUCCGAAACGGUGGACAGAUGCAAUAUGACUUUUCGCUUAUCCUUAUUGAAGCUAGCCGGGGGGCUAAACCAGAAGUUAGCCAGCUCAGUCAGCGAGAGUCUCAAGUGCGCACGCUCCAUAGGCCCCACAA